GCUCGGCAUCCGAUUUAAAAUGAUCAGUUUUGCAUCAGAGUUGAAAACGAGCUGAUCGCCGGAUCGGACGAACAGAUCGAUUUGAAUUCUAUUGGAGAAAGGAGCUAUAAAUAAAUUAAAAAUGGCGAGCAAAUGCAUGAUCCUGCUCGCGCUCCUGGUUCCGCUUCUCAAUGCCCAGACAUUCAACCAACCAGGAUACCCUGGCUUUGGGCUGGGAGCCCGCUUCGGAGGAGGGCAGGUUGUGCCGCAGCAGGACUUGCAGGCGCAAGAGGAUAUCCGGGUGCCAUCAGCACCAAGGCAGCGCAAUGGCGGCCAAUCCCGCAACCCUGCCCCCACCGCACCCACCCGUGCCCCGGUGAUCCCGAAGACCAGCUUCAUGGAUCGCUUCAGCUCCAAACUCUACGCAAAAAUUGCACCCGCGCAGGCCGGAUCGAAUUUUGUCUACUCUCCCGUGUCGGUGCACAGUAUCCUGGCACUGAUCUAUGGGACGUCCUUUGGCAAAACCCGCAGGGAACUAAAGAGUGCCGGAGAGUUCGUAGACGAUCAAAUAGAUGUGGCCAUGAUCUUCGAGAAGCUAAUCAAGUUUAGGAGUGACCUCGGCAACGUCGAGUUGAAAAUGGCCACCAAGCUGUACCACAACCAACUGAAGGGCGGCGCCUAUCCCGGCUUUCCCGAAUUUUCUCAGUUCUAUUUCAACACCGCCGACGAAGCCGUCGACAUGACCCGCGCCAAGGACACCUCCGAGAAGAUUAACUUCUGGGUGUCGGACAGCACCGACGGCAAGAUUCGCAACCUGGCGGCACCCAGUGACAUUACUGAGCAGACCGAGGCCCUUUUGGUGAAUGCCAUCUACUUCAAAGGUCGCUGGGAGAACGAGUUUGCCACCAUGGACACCCAGCCUUCCAAUUUCAAGCACUCCGAUGGCCGAAUCUCCAGCGUCGCCAUGAUGUACAAUGAUGACGUCUAUUCCCUGGCGGAUAUCCCGGAACUGGGGGCCAGCGCCCUGGGGCUGAACUAUCGGGACAGCAACAUCAGCAUGCUGAUCCUGCUGCCCAAGCAGGUCAACGGCCUGCGGGCCCUCGAGGCGCAACUGGCCGAUCCGCAGUUCGACUUGAACCGCAUUGCCGCCCGUCUACAGCGCCAGAAUGUCCUGGUGCGCCUACCAAAGUUCCGCAUCGAGUUCGACCAGGACAUGACUCAGCCGCUGAAGCAGAUGGACGUGCAGGAGAUGUUCGGUCCAAAAUCACAGAUAAAAACCAUGCUCAACGACCGGGUCCGAGUGGAGAAGAUCCUGCAAAAGGCCUUCAUAGACGUGAACGAGGCAGGCACUGAGGCAGCCGCAGCUUCAUAUGCCAAAUUUGUGCCGUUGUCGCUGCCCGCAAAGUCCCCGGAGUUCACCGCCGAUCAUCCGUUCGUCUUCGCCAUCCGCACACCCACCUCCGUACUCUUCAUUGGCCACGUGGAGCAUCCCACGCCCUUGACAGCAAGCCCGGAAGGUGCUGGCCGCGGACGCCAAAGGUCCUUCUCAAGUCGGCAAUAGUUUGCUGCAUUUUUUAAACAUACAAUAAAGCUAAAACUCUCGUA